AGAUUUCUUAAAGGUUUUAAUCAAAAGUGGCUUCCUUGCCCCAGUCUAUCAGUGUGUCUGAUCAAGAGCCACAAGUUUCUGAAGUGUCAGUGAAGAAACCGAAGCCCGGUUUUUGCUUUGCACAACCCUUUUCCUGUUUACAUCAUAAUUCUCAGUGGCCAGUGACCAAAUAUCAUGCUGGUGGUCAUCAGUCAUAUUGGCAUUCACUAAAUCACUGUUGUUUCCAUUGCCUAACCAAAGAUUAUAUCCUAUUUACCCCAUUUAAUCUAUAUAAGUUAAAUGGAAUGUGUCUGUAUAAUUUGUAAAACAGCAGUAGAAUGUAACCGAUAUGUUGGUGUGUCUUGGCAUAAUACAAAGCUGCCCAUGACUCAAUUAAACCCCAUUCUUGGAAAACAACAUGCCAGUUAGUAACUAGUAGCAGAUCAGGUGGUCAAGACGCUGCUGGGUGUCCGUUUCAGAUUUAUGCCUUACUUCAGCUUUUAAUAGUGAUUUGAUAUUCUAGGAGUUAUUUGUCACAUCUCUGAAGCCCCCCAAAAUAAAUCUGUAGGUCUCCUGAAGGCGGGCUGAAGCACAGGCAAGAUUUGGAGGUGUCGCUCUGAUCUGCCUGUCAUGUCAAUGUGUGCACUACUGCUGAUGUCCCAGGCAGCCUGCAGGCUCAACAAACUUACAAACUCCCACGAGUUUCCUCUGCAGGCAGACGUAGCCGACCCACGUCUGCCCUCUCGGCUCUGCACAUUUUGCAGGGCAAGUGAACCUGUUGCAGAAUGUCUGGAGUGUUUUAUGGCUUCUGAGCUGUGCAACUUAUGCAAGGACACCAAAUCACUUGUGGAGAGCAAUAUCACCAAAUACUUGGAGUCGUCUGCCUUUUUUAGGAGAGCGCACACUGAAGCUAAUAUGCCAGCUGAACUCUGUUUUGACCCUUCAGACGUCUUACAGCAGGACUGUCCUACAAAGGAGAGUAAGUCUUUGGAAAUUGCAACAGAAUCGAGCAUGAUCUCUGCAGAACAGAAAACAUCUGCUGAUUUUACAGUGCACCAAACUAUUUCUGGACUAAUGCAGCCUGAUGAAGAUUAUACUGAAAAUGGACAGCUCAGUGGAGAAUUAACAGAGCAAGACAAACUGGAUUGUUCUGAGAGCAGUAGUCUGUCUGAAUUCGACUUGGAGCACAGUGAGUCUUUUUCAAUAAGCAGUGAUUUUGUCCACUUAAUUGAAAACAAUGAAUGCUCCGAAUAUAGAAUGGAGUCUAACAUUAGUGACCAAACUGUAAUGGAAGAACAAGAGCCAGAGGCAUUUCCCUUAUUUCAGGCCAUGCCUGAUCUUUGUAUGUAUUAUGAACAGGUAGAUUCUGAAAUCCAAGAGCUGGUUUUAUCAGACCAUGAAGUGCUUUAUAAGCAUGAAACUGAAUCUGAACACCCUUCAGAAGUGGACAGUAGUGAGGAAGGGUCUGAAGAAAUCAGUGUUUCGGAUUUGUAUGAGCAAUACAGCGAACAAGAUCAAAAUGCUGUAUUUGAACUGGAUAAAGAACCAUGCAGAUCCCUUGAACAAUGUGAGCUUAACAAUCAAAACAUGCCCUGUGAAUGCCAUGCCACACAUUUUGAAUCCUCUGAAAUGAGCCAGGCCUCUAAAGAAAGCAUGCCAGCUGGACUCUCUGGGUCCCUUGAGCAACAACCACCUGCUGGACAAAUAGAAAACACAUACGACAGCGUGUUAACCGCAAAAAACAGUCAAGGAUCCUGCACAGACUCAUUUGAGAGAUCUGUUCAAAGUGAGCUCUCCGAUGACUUUGCUGAACAGACUUUGGAGCAGAAUCAGAGCUUUGAAUAUUACACUGAGCAAGAUUAUAGCCAGAUGUCUUUAAAUGAAAUUGAGUGUGCUAACACACUAGAACAAUGCUCAAGUUGUGGAAAAUACUUUGAGAAAUGUGAAAUUCCUGAACAGUGUGAGCCCACUGAGCCUGCUCAGAAUUCUGAAGACUCACAACAAAGCGAAUCUUUUGAAAACUCCCUUGAAUUGUGUGAGACCUUUGGAACACAGUGCUCUGUGUUUCACACCUCUGAACUCCCUAGAGAAAACCCUCCUAUAGAAUGUAACACAAAUGACGUUAGAAAGCGGCCAGAGUGUGAUAUGAUGUUUAUCAGAUCAAUGGAAACCUUUGAGGCUCGUUGGCUCUCACAGUUUCUUGCUGUUGACUGCCACCAAAAUAAUACCUUUGAACAGCAGGAAGUUGAGGACCUCAAUGUUGCAAUCAUUGAGCCAAGUGAUGAAUUACUCCCCUGUGACAGUAAUGCUGAAGGUGAACCUGUAAUUGAACCCCUGUAUACCUCCAGUGAGCAGAGGACGCUUUGUAGAGAGUGUGAAAUGAGAGAAAGAGAACAGUUAAAAUAUGACAUGCCCUCUGAACUGUUUGAACUUUGUGACGUUAAGGCUGGAACAUUUGACCUUGAAUAUGAUGUAAGCAAAGCUGGAGAGUCGGUUGUGAAAGAAGCGUCAAUAGAUGAAGGUAGUGAAGAGGAAUAUGCUGACUGUAUUGAUAGUAAAAGCCAAGACAGUACUGAAACAGAUGAGUCAUUUAAAAGUUUUAUCGAUGAGCCCGAGGAGAUCUAUCCUGUUCAGAUCGAUGAUGGCAAAUCUUUACAUGAUCUCCCUGAGGAAGAUGAGUGUUGUACUAGAUACAGACAGGAGUCACAUGAGGUCACUGAUGGCCUUGGGGAUACCCAUGAUCCAUAUACACAUGAUGGAGUAGAAGCACAUGAAAAUACUCAGGAGUUUUGCUCUGAACCAGAAACUUUAAGAAAAGAAAUUAAAACAUAUGCAGAGGUACUUUGCUCUGGACUAUGCAAAGAAACAGUUCAAAGCCCAAAACUCUGCCUUGAACAUGCAGUGCCCAUUGUUGAGGAAGAUUAUGGACCUAAUGAUGAAGAUACCACAGCUCAUGUUGUGGAACACCAGGACUCUGAAGUCUUCUAUAAAGAUGAAAAGAUUGUUGAAUCUCAUGGGGAAAUGAUUGUGCUGGACCCCUCUGAGAGUGCAGGUGACAUUUAUGGACUUCCCGUUGUGGAAGAAAGCAUUUACAAGAGAGAUGCCUCAGAUCCCUGUUCUAUUCAGAGCACAUGUCAUGAACAAGUAAUCUCUGGCCUUGAAAUGUAUGCUGAAGAUAACAGCAUUACAGAAAGUGAAGUCUCUGAAAAGUUUACCGAGGGUUCCAGACCUGUAGAAAAGGAAGUUAAACACGACCUCGUUUCUGAGACAGGACCGGAUAAAAGUGAAAGUGCAAAUAAAAAUGAAGCAUGCUGCUCUAACCUGACUGAUGAUGCCCAAAUAAAAGAAGAAAAUGAGUUGGAAGUUAUAGAUGAAACGGAGGGAUUUCAUGGACCUUGCUGUGGCGAGAUAGAAACGUGUGAAGACGUAGACACCUUUCUGUUCACCUCUGAAGAGGUUGUAGCUGAUGUUGAAAAACACAGUGAGUUAAAUAAAAGUGAAGAUCCCCAGAAUGGCGCCCAUGACUUACUGAUUAUGCAAAAGGCCAUCGAGCUGCAAUCAGACAAAGAUCCUCUCAAAGAUCCAGAGCCACCAGCGUGUUGUAGUAUUUCAUUAGAUCUAACAGAAACAACAGAGCAAAAGGAUGAUUCUCCACCUCAAAGUAAGUGCAGCGAAAAACAGGAUGAAAUAAUACAUCAAGUUUUGCAAAUUAAAACGACCGAGCACAGUGAGCCAGACGACUUUUUUAAGCUAGCUGGUGAAAACACAACAUCUGAACAGAUCGAAGCUUCCGAGGACACGGAGGCAUCCGACGAUGAGGAUUACCCCGAGUUCUGCGAAUGUGAAUUCUGUGUGCAGUCUAUAGAGCAGGUGCCAGCCAAGCCACUUCUUCCCCAGAUAAAGUCUAAAGAUGUAGGAAAGAUUUGCGUAGUGAUUGAUCUGGAUGAGACGCUAGUGCACAGUUCAUUUAAGCCGGUGAACAAUGCUGAUUUUAUCAUUCCGGUGGAAAUUGAUGGGUCUGUACACCAGGUUUAUGUACUGAAGCGACCUCAUGUUGAUGAGUUCCUAAAGCGGAUGGGCGAAUUAUUUGAGUGUGUGUUGUUCACUGCAAGCUUAGCCAAGUAUGCAGAUCCCGUGUCAGACCUGCUGGAUAAGUGGGGGGCCUUUCGCUGCCGUCUCUUUCGAGAAUCCUGCGUGUUUCAUCGUGGAAACUAUGUCAAGGACCUAAGCCGCCUGGGCAGGGACCUCAACAAAGUCAUCAUCGUGGAUAACUCACCAGCGUCAUACAUCUUCCACCCAGACAAUGCUGUACCCGUAGCCUCUUGGUUUGACGACAUGUCCGACACAGAGCUGCUGGAUUUGAUCCCGUUCUUCGAGAGACUGAGUAAAGUGGAUGACGUGUACGCUGUGCUCAAACAGCAGAGGACUAGCAGCUAGCGUGAUCGAUGGGGCAGCUUUCACCACGGGGCCAGGGAGGCUGGCGGGGUUCAGAGCGCCACUUCCCUGCUACAUGGGAUAUGCCGCCAGCUCGCUCCUCAUCACCUACCCAGAAUUCCAUUUGCAGGAGGUUUGACAGAGAAGCAUAAAGUUGAUGGAAAACUGGUAUGGCUAGAACAAUGGAACUGUGAAGGACUGCUUUAUCUCUCUCACACACACACACAUGAAAAAAGAAAUUUAUCAGUUUUUAACACUUGAAUAUGUGUUAUUUCUUUUUUGUAACUUUUUUUUUCUUCACUUUAAAGGUAAGGUAGAGGGAAGCCCUGUUUAAACUGAUUAUCACUGAUUUUAGAUUGAGAAAUGUUUUUCUCAAAGACAAUACAAUAGCUUAUUAAAUUACUUUUACUAAAGGUUGGUGCCAACAUUUUGGCAAGUAGCCUCAUGUUUCAAAGGUUUGACAUUCAGUAAGUGCGUUUUAGAGAUGUUCGGAGCGGAUGGGUUUUUCUGGGAGGAACUCGGAGAACCAGAAUUUCUCCCCAGGCAUUAAUGGGAGCCAAGGGAACUUGAAGAUUCAUUCCAAAACAGGGUGGGGAAAGAGCCAGACUCUGAGCUGUCACCAUGCAGAUGUGCAUUGUAAAGUGAAAGCAGUUUUAUUGCGUAACUUUAAAGCAUUAUACUUUUGUUCUGUCUGGUUGUUUGUAUGAGUGUAAGAGUUGUGAGAUGCUCUUAUAGACUGAUCAGAUAUCAAAGUGUCUUUCUCUUUUGGUUGGUCUUAAGUAUGAAAAGAAAAUCAUGUGUAGUGCACCAAAGAUUAAUCCAUUUUAAUCCAAAUUCUCAAAUUACAGAAUGGUCACAUUAUGUAUUAAAAACUCCAAAAGACUGAGAACAUUAACGUUUUUUAUUUAAAGAAAAAAAGUGUUUUAUUUUUACACAUUGAAGACCCCUGCUUGCUUUCAUGAAGAUGAUCUGCGUCAAUAAAUUCCUCACUGGAA